UGUCCAAAAUUUUCGGGCUCGGGCAAUCUCGGUCGGGCAUCAAAAUCAGUUAAUGAAAUAAAUUUUGAACAUAAAAUAGUCGUACUUAAGUUUGCAUUGACAAACCUGAACUGUUUUUAUUUAUUUACUAUACCGCACUGAUAUGAAAGUUAAACAUUAAACUAAAAAAUAGAGUGCAUAUUAAUCUUGGAAAUAAAGUGCUUAUUAACUAAAUUGUGUUUGGGUAGCUGCUUGAAGGUUCAUUGUCACUGUUGAUUGUUUGACCUACACUUCCACUGGUAUCCAUUUUGGUAAAAUAAUGACAUGAAUUAAAUAGAAACAAUUCACAACCACUUUCUGCAAAUGCCACGCAACUACAAUGUGUGUAAUUAAAGUCAGCUUAUAAUCCUUCUCGCACACAGCAAGCAGCUCCACCGGCCUUGAACACUACUUUGUGACUAUUGAGCAGUGAGCAUCCGCCGUGCGUACACGCGCGCGUGUGUGUAUGUGUGUGUGUGUGUGUGUGUGAGAGAGAGACGGGCGACCAGCUGCAUCGUUAGUCAGCCAGCGAGAGUAACGGUAAAUGUUGACCUUGACCACUUCCGCUUGCUGCAGGGCUCGCUCUCUUAUAUCUGUCUCCCCCUCCCACAAACACACUUGCUGACCGGGCACCUUCUUUAUCUUAUCUCUCACACACACUCACUUCACCGGCUGGUGCCGGGACGGUGGCGGCGUGGCAUGUUCCUGCAGCUGCCGCGCGUUCCAAAAAAAAGAAGCUUUGUUUACUUGCGCCGUGCGGUAUUGCCGUUUUCCAAGGUGCCUGAUAUUUUCGGGCACUGAAAUACCCGCCCGGAAUUUCGGGUAUACUUGAUACCCGAAACACUGCCCGAAAUUUCGGGUACCCGACCAUCCCUACAGUCAGGUUUGGAUAACACUGUGUUCCAGUAUGUUCAUUCUUUCUUGAACAAUGAAGUAAAUGGACAACAGCUAUUAAAUCUUCGCCCUGAUGAUUUAGAUCAUUUGGGUGUUCAGAAAUUAGGUCACCAAGAACUAAUAUUAGAAGCUGUUGAACAUCUAAGAAAUUUUCACUAUGAACUGGACAGAGAGAACCUUCAACUUCUGGCCCUGCGGUUAGCUUGCAGAGCACGUAGUUUGUACAAUGAAUUGAAGCAGAGAUCUGAUUUACAGCCCCUGAGCACUCAAACCUUGGCUGAUGUUGCUUAUGUCAUUAUGGCUGUGAAACCUCUUGUGUGUUGGCUGGACAGGUCGCCUUUCUCGGGACAGUUCAACUAUCAGGAACGUAAAGAUGACUUACUGCACCUGAGCUUACAGAUUGCUACGUGUGCUCAGCGAGAUCGCUUUGCAGAAAAACCUGUGGAAGAGAUUCGAUCAAGCUGUAAAACAUUGGCUGAACUUGGGGAUGAAAUAAUACAGGAUAUAUUUGACCCAUUAAUACUUCAGCCAGCUUCCCUGGAUCUUGUUACACUUAAGAAGAGAGCCAGUGAUGAUUUGGGAUUUUUUAUCUUGCCGUCAUUCCAUGGAGUGCAUCAAAUUGCGGAAAUCAACUUCAGUUCUCCAGCUCACCAGUGUGGGAAAAUAGAAAAUGGGGAUGAAAUUGUCCAAGUUAAUUAUCAAACGGUGGUUGGCUGGCAAACUAAGAAAGUAAUGAUACUGUUUGAAGAGUCACCAACGGAAGUAUUCUUGACCUUGAAGAAGCGUCCUCGUCAUACAAAAGUAUAUGGGCAAAUCUACAUGAAACCAUACAGGUUACCAAGUAAGAAGAGAUCAGCUCCGUAUUCACGUUGGAAUGAUAACCUUCCUUCGCCACGACCAGAACUUCUCACGAUUCCAGAUUUUGAAAUUCCACUUUCCAAAGGUAUUUCCAAGAAAGCUCUACCUCACGCACACUCCCAGUUUGAGAGUAACGUCGCCUUGUCGACGUUCUCGGAAGAGAAGAAAGAAGAGGGUUUGGAAGAUACGUUUGCCAGGAAGGUUGUAAAGGAUGACGACGACGAGGAUCAUGAGGAUGAUGAUGAUGACUCGUUUCUGCCAGAGGCAGCAGAUGAAGGGCAGACGUCGCCAACUAGCAUGAGACUGUACCUGCCCAAACCGAGGGUCACUGUCCAGCGCCGAGCCACAGUUACGGGAGCAAGUCCCACGAGCAAGAGAGCACCUGUUAAUACUGAACAGUUUUGGGCGGAGCUACGCCUGAAGCAUCACUGGCGAGAUUGUGGAGUAAAUGAGAGCACAGACAGAGGAAAAGGUGAUCUUUACCAGCUGAGGGAUAAAUCAGCAAGUGUUGAAAAUGGUUUGUCAUUUCAUGUCUCACGGCCAUGCACUACACUUGGAAUUUCAACAUUUGCUUCAAAGGUAAAAUGUUCUCACCACCCUACGGCUCUGAUAAGUGAAGAAAAACUCUGCAAAGCUUCAGAAGCAGAACCGAGCCAGACUUUGGAGGAAAAUUGUGAUUCGGGUCAUUGUGUUGAAGACAAGCAUCAUGAAAAAUGCCAUUUUAGUUCAGAAAAACAUCUCAAUAAAAAUGAAAGUUUUGCUGAAGAGAGUGCUGUAAGUGUAGCUGACCAAAAUCAAUGUUGUGUUGAAAAUUCUACGGGUACUUUAGUUUCAAGCGAUUUCUCACUGGCCUUUAUGCCUCCUACUUUUACUGAUCAAAUUUGUGGUAGAAUAACGUGUUCUGAUUCAAGAGGCUCAAAUUUUUCUGCCAUUAAUUUUCCAGUUGUUGAUCAGUUUAGCUCUCGUACAGAAAAUAACUCUGAAGCUGUGAUAAAAGAAACGCCUGCGGAACAUAAUAGAAUGUUAACUUGUGAAAAUAAGGACACUACAAGCAUUUUGCAGAAUUACUGUUUAGAUCAUUCAAAUGAAAAUGUUGGUGUAAAUCCUGAUGAGUGUUUAGGUUAUCAGUCGACACAGAUUUCAGGCAAAGAACGAGGAAGACUCGACAAAAGUUUUAGUACGCCAGCAUAUGAUUUACUGGAGUCCUUAACAUUUCUAGAGAAAAAUGCAGAUUUGCAUAAAGAUAGUGUUAAGAGAGAACUGAAAAAAGUUAAAAAUGAAAUAGUAACAACAGAGGUUAAUUAUUGUACCUUACAAAGUGAAGUUGAUCUAAGCAGCAUACCUCAGUUACCUGAUGUUCUAAGUAUGCAGCCUACAGUGUUCGAUAAUGAUUUUAGGACUCUUGAUGCUAAUGAGUGUAAUGGUUUGACUGUAGCUGAUCAGUUUGCUUCUUGUGCGAAUGGAGUGUCUGAACCAAGUAGUUCGCGGUUGUUUUGUGAAGAAAUUAAUAACAGAUAUACCAGUACAGAUGGUCAUUUACAAACUUCAAAUUCAGAAAAUCACCUGUCAAGUAAUGAAACAUCUAAUUUAUCUACAAACUCUGUUCGAGGAAAUUUUGACGAAAAUUCAUUGUUUCUUCAAGUGAACACAGAUAUUUUUUCUUUGGGUAACAUUACAAAAAUUGUAUGUGAUUCACAAAGUAACCUACAUGAAAAUACUGCUACCGAAAAGCUUCACUUACCUCACGUACCUGGAACGCCGUGUAUUUUUUUAUCAGACGAGUUUGAUCAGACAAUUUCUUGUGAUGAUAGUUUCAAAGGAGUAUGCUCACAUUCUUGUAAGAUUUCAGAAAAUCAGAAGUCUCUAGUUUGUGUGUGCAAACCAGGGAAAACAUCACAAGCAUCUCCAAAAUCGGACACUUUGAGGUGGCCAGUGAAGACGGCUCACAGUCAGGGCACCGUAGGCACUGGUUUGGGUACAAAGGGCGGCCCUCCAAGCAGGUCUAGCAAAGGAUUUCCUGCAGCCUGUUUCUCCAGCCCACGAAGCACCAGAAAGAGAAAUGCUUUACUAUCAAAAAGACGAAACGUGAGUGUGAAAGAUGUUGGUUGUGGUGAUUGUAAAGGCUGGUUACUUCAUCGUUUCCGUUCAAGUGGGGCAGGUGCUACAUGGCUCAAAGUAUGGUUUAUAUUAAAAGAUAUAAUUUUUUAUGGAUUCAAGACUCCACAAGCAACUAAAGCCCACAUUAUGAUUAUUUUACCAGGCUUUACUGUGUGUGUAGCAGAAGAAGUUAAGUCCAGAAGUUUUGCUUUCAAGAUUUAUCACACAGGUACUGUUUUUUACUUUGCUGCAGAGACUGCAGAUGAACUUGGAGUUUGGCUAGAGUGUCUUUCAGGGGUGGCCAUUUCUCAGGAAUUGGUUAAACGACCCAAAGACAUGAACUCCCACGAUCUCUACUUUAGUGAAACGGAUGAGGAUUCUGAUGGUCAAAAGGAUUGUGAUUUUGAAGCUAGCAUUCCUAAAAAUUCUUCAAAAUUUAAUGGUAUUCUUGGCAACACAAAUCAGCAACCUGGAAAAGUCUGUCAUAAUUCAAGAACAGAGUCCAAGAAAACUGAUAGUCCAAAAAUAUUUGGCUCAUUGAAGAAGAUAGUUUCUAAAGCAGAUAAUAAUGGUCCUGCAGCAUAUUCUGAAUUGCCAGAACCUACUUCUGCUAGUUUGGAUCGAAAAUAUUUAAAUUUCUUGGGUGGAAUGCGAAACGGUAAUGUACCUGUGCCUACGGCUCAAUUCCGCAGUUACCGUAGAUCCCCAAAAAAAAGACUCGUACAGGAAUCUGGAGCAGGAGACAAAAAUUCAGAUCAAAUAUCUAAUGAUGUGUAUCUACCUAGCAAAAGUGGUAAGUUUAUGCCUCCUCGAGUGAACAUUUUGGAUACUGAAGAUAUGUCAACUAACGUAAAACUUGAAACAUUGUGUAUGGAAAAUUUCUCACUCGAAGACACUUUCAAGUCAUGUGACACUUCUGAUGCAAAUGUUAGAGGACCACCCAUUUUUAAAAAAAAUCAAGGUGUAAAUACGCUACCAACUUUAGAAAGAAGAGAGAAAGCUAUGCUUCAAUCCCACAAAUUUCUCAAGGAACGCAGUGCUCGUGAUCGUCAAAUUCAUGCUUCGAAUCCAACUCUCCAGCUUUCAUCUGAUAUGCAAAAUUAUCGCUUAGCAGCAGAAAGACUGAGAAAAUUUGGAUUAGGUCAUAAUCAUCAGCAAGAGGACACGUCUGGUUUCAUAACUCUUGAAGAGUUGAUGAUUUCUCGUCAGGAAGAAGAGAAAUUUAAAAUGCACCAAUCAAAAUUAGGUUCUGUGAGCAGUAUUGGGUCUAAAAGUAAUUCACCCCAUCAAAAUUCUGAUCCAAGUAAUGACAGUUCCACAGCCAACAGUGAACUGACACCAAAUGGCUCAGAAGUUAGUUCUGCAAGUGAUCUGCAUAAUGAGAUGCCACCUGUAUCAGUGAACAGGAAAGGAAAUUUUAGUAAGAGACAUUUCUUUCGAGACAACCCUCAAGAUGUCAGAGUUACAACACCGCACAAACAGCCGAGCAGUAAAACACCUGCCGUGCAGAAGGUGGCUACAAGACUGGAGUCGACUGCAGCCAUGAGUUCCAACCGGAACUGUGAUACCCUGAAAGCUGCAGCCCAGUAUCAGCCUCCACCAAUAUCUCAAGUGCUUGCGAGCGGAAGGAAAGUGCAUCCGAAAGAGGAAGGCCCAAAAAUGAAAUUAGCUUUUGAAAUGCAUUUAGGUGAAAAUAAGUUGCCAACAGCCUCGAAUAAGGACACAUCCAAAUCCUCGAAAUUUCGAAGUUUAUUUUUGUUCGCAAAAAAUCAAAACAUUAUGUGUUCACCGGAUGAUGCUUUCUUGUCGAGUUCUGGAGAGCCAUGCAAACCAUUAAUAGCAUCACCAAAACUUAAUAGGACAUUUCUUUGGGAUAAACAAGUGAAGGGCUCAAAGAAUUCCUCCAAAAAAAUAAAUUUUAAUUCAGUGACACAUUCUUCAUCUUCUAAUGUACCAUCAGGGUGGACUGCAGAUUUACCCAAUCUACAAACAGACUGCAGUAUUUCAGAGAUGAAGCCAAUGAUGGGUGUAGCAAUGAUUUCAAAAAAAUCUUGCAGAGCGGCAACUGCGCCAUCUUCGUCGUCUCAGAGCAGCUCGGCUCCGGACUAUCCAGGACUCAAAUACCCUCCAGUGUUUGAACCAGAGACAUAUACCCUCUCAAAUGCCAAUACUCUUCUGAAGUCCCAGUGCCACCACCCUUGUACGAACAAUAAAUCAUGUGGCUGCAACACGCUGGAUAACAACCAGCAAACAGGGUAGCAAUAAACAUUGCAAUAUUUUGUUUUGGUCUGUAAAGUAACAUGUUUUCCUUUAAAACUAUUAUAUUGCAACAUUUCAGUUUUAGGCUAAAUAUGACAAUCAAUUUAAACUUCACAUUCCUGCAUGAUUAUGCUGUAAAAUAGAUUUUUUUUGUAUCUGUUUAUGCUACUAAAGUACAGGUCCAAACCAAAGAUUCAUUUAUUUAGUUGUGAAUUCAAUUUUUAUUGUAUUCCAUAAUAAGCAUCUUUGUAGCCAAGAUGUUCUACAAAGCUUACUCAUCAUAGUAUUUGUAAUUAAACUAAGAGUAUUAAAAUGUGUGCCUAAGAAUGAAAAAUACUUUCAGCUAUGUUGAAAAUUCUAAUAAGAAUAUAGUAUUAUGAAUAGUGCUCAUAUGUAUUUUCCUACAUCUGUUAACUUUUUAAAAAAGUGAUAAAGUAAGUUUUAGCAUUUGUUACAUAAAUAAUGGUUUUAAUAAUGUUAUGCAUUAGUUUUUCUGUGAUAAAGUUGAGAGACUGAAUUUAGUAGUUCUUUGUGUGGUAUGAGAUUCUUCUGAUUGACAUACCCAGUAAAGUCCACAAAUGGUGCUUAUAAAAUAUUGUUUUCGGGGUGGUAUUGUUUUAUAAAAAAAAAUAGUAGUAGUUUACAAUUUUGUUAUGAUUGCAACAUUAUCUUUAAACUAGCUAAUGACCAUUGGCUUCGUUCAUGCCAGUUUUAGGAUAUUGCUGAUAUUUUAUCAUUCCAAGAAAUGUAUGUGAAUGAUUCCAAACAUUUUUACUAAAAAAUUGGACAAAAUAAAAUUUCAGGUGUAUAUAAGAUACCAUUCGUAACAAGACUGCUUACGGUUGAACUUUAUAUUGUGAAAAUUUGUGAUCCUGUUUUGAAUAUAGAUUAAGUAUACUGAUUUUAUAACUUCCUUUUUAGUGUUAUGCCUUUACAAAAUCACACUUCCUACUUUUACAGUUCUAAAAUUUGCUAAACAUGUGCCUAUUUUUUUUUAAUUAGAUGCCAUCUUUUACAGUUUCAGUGUUAUGUAAUUUGAUUAUUUGCACAGAGUAUUUAAAAUCAAACUUUCCCUUGUUUUACCUAGAUACAGAUACCUACAUUAUUUUAAGGUUUUUGAAACAAUCACAUUUUUUAUGUAAAAUGUAUACUAAAGUUAUCAAAAUUAUUAUCUUAUGAAUUAGUAGAUUAGUAUGUAGUUAUGCUUAGAAUUAAUGAAACAAAACUCACAAAAUUUUUACCCCUCUUCUCUUUUCCCAAAGGGAUGUGUACGUGAAAAUUCAGAACCACGUAUUUAUUAAAUGCGGCAAUAUCUGUUAACCAAGUAAAACCAAACUCAUCUCGUUGUUCCUACCUCAGGUAUUAAUUCAAAUAUAUUUUUACUACACUUACAUUUAUAUUAAGUUUAUUUUAGUAUUGCCAAAUGUACCGUAUACUGAUUUAGUGGUUUACAAUGCAUUUCUUUCUAAAACAAUACUCACCCCUGUUACGUUAGAGUUUAAAUUUCAAAAAAUGGUAUAUUAAAUUCACUUAAAUAAAAUUAGUAUAUUAUGAUUUGUUUAUAAUAAAACCAUAUUUAUACCUUUUCCACCUCCUUAGAGGUAGAAAUUCAGAAAUUGGUAAAAUUGAGUUUGUAGAUUUUAUGUGUAUAUAAAUCAUACUGAAUACUUUACCUCCUGUUUGAUUAGCUUUGGUGAUAUGACUUUUAUGAAACAAACUAAACUGACCACGAUUUUACCCCCUUUGUGAUCAAAUAUAGAAAAAUGAUAAAAACAUGCUAUGAAACUCAUUAUGUUGGUUAUUCUUGCUUAGUUUCUUACAGCCUGCUUGAUUUGCUUUAGGGAUAUGAUUUACAUAUUAUAUUAUUGUUAUUGAAAAUCAAACUUAAUCUGUUUCACCACCAUUGCAUUGGAAUUGCGAAAACUGAUUAAAACACGGUACACAUUACAUUAUGUAUGUUAUUCUUGCUCAUUUUCUCACCUCAGCUUGAUUUUCUUGGCGAUAUGAUUUAUUACAAUCAAAACUAACUUUCCCCCUUUUCACUACUGUUGUGAUAGAUUUUCUAAAAAUGUGUAAAACCAUGCUACGUUAUUAAUUAUGUGUAUUAUUUGUCCUCGGGUUCCUACCUUCUGUUUCUUUGUGAAUAUUUUUUUUAAUAUAUAACUUAACUUACAAUUUUUUUUUUAAUAUAUAACUUAACUUACAAUUUUUUUCACCCCCUUUGUAGUUUAAUCUCUAAAAAAAAUUUCAAACACACUAUGUAACACAUUAUGUAAAUUAUUUGUGUUGAGUUUCUUAUGUCCUGCUUGAUUUACUUCAGAGAGUUAGAUUAUUUUUUACUAUGAAACCAAACUUAUCAUUUUUCACCCCUUUUGUAGUAGAAUUUCAAUAAAUGGUUAAAACACCCUAGGUAACUCAUAACGUAAGUUAAUGUUCAGUUUCUACCUACCCCUAUUUCACCCUCCCGUGCAGUCACAUUUUAAAAAGGGGGGGGGGGGGGGGGGGAAGCAAAAACAAACAUUAUUCCUUAUGUAAGUUAUUCAUGCUUAUUUGGCUACCUCUCGCUUAGUAUUCUUUCAAAAUAGUUUUUUUUUUUUUUUUCUAUAAAACCUAUCUUUUCACCCCCUUAGCAGUUUAAUCUCGAGAAAAUAUAAAAACAUGCAAGAUAACACAUGUUUGUUAUUGGUGCUCAAUUUGCAACACCCAUGUUUAUUGAUUUGCUUAGGAGAUGUGAUUUUUUUUUGUGAUGUAAUAAAACUCACCCCUUUAAAGGUUGAAUUUCAACAACUGAAAAGAAUAGGUACGUAACUUUACAUGUAUGUAGUUCAUUCUUAGUUUCUUACAUGUACCUAGUUCUAGUAAAAUUGUAAAUAUAUAUAUUUUUUCUUCUUAAAAUUAAACUUAAUCCUGUUACACCCCUUAGGGUUGGAAUUUCUUAAAAUGGUAUAAAGUCUGUUAAGUGUUUUGGUAUGUGUAUUAUUAAUACCCAAUAUUGUAACUUACCUUGUUGAGCUUCGAAGAUAUGAUUCAUUAUUUUAAAACCAUAUUUAUUUACCCCCUCAUGGUUGGAAUUCUGUAAUUAUAUGUAGCCUAGUGUUUAAGUUUGCUAAAUACCAUACUUGAAAAAAAGUUUCGUCCAUCAAGUGGUUUUCGAUUGAUGCCGGAACAAACAGAAAAACAAACUGAGAAAAAUUUAAAAAAAAAAAAACAUUUUUGACUGCCGGGUGACAUGUGAAAGUAAAAAUUCGUAAAUCUUUGAAACUCCCUGGUGACGCGCUUCCCUUCCUUCGCUCCCUUGCACUAGCCCACCCAGAUGGGGAGAUAGCGUGGGUAGGAAAUGUCAGAAUGAAAACAAAAGAUUUCUUUGUGCCGAUUUUUGUUGUCCUCCUUUACACUAAAACACAGGGUUGAUAAUUUCAUUUAAAAGUCGACCUAUGGGGAAAAAACAGGCUCAGUAUACUUUUAAAACGUAUCUUAAAUAUACUGCAGUGAUUUAAAGUUGCCUAAUAGUACCUACUCAUUAACUGUAGGUAUUUGAUUGUACUUUUACAGCCAUCCAUCACUUAUAAUGCAACCAACAAAUCAUGUAUUAAUUAUAGGUACUCUUUUAACAAACCUCAGGUAACUUGGGAGUUAAUACAUAUAUACCUUGCAAUUGCUAUGGUAUGUUCCAUUUGCUGAGUUAGUUUUUAAUUGUAUUUUAUAAUUUAUUUAAUCUCUUGUGAACAAAUAUUUAAAUUCCUAUCAAGUAGUUUUUGAUUGGUUUACCUAAAUUAAAUACUAGCCCUGUAAAAAAAAAAGUUAUUAGUUUUUGUUUCUGGAUAUUGUAGAGUGCUGCUCCAGCUGUCUAGUUUGACCUGAAGCAACUGUGCUACCGAGGGGGUUUGUGGUUUGAUUAUGGUAAAGUGGGGUGCUGAUAAGUCAUAAUGAAGAAAUAAACUUACCUUUUAUUAGGACGUAAUUUAUCUUUGUGAGACUGUAAAUUAUGUAUAGGUUAACCUAAAACAGAACCGUAACUGAAUCGAGAACCGGGAAAAAUGUAUAACCCUACAAAUCACUAGGAUGUAUACACAGAGCGCUGAGAUUAGCACAGCUCAGUAGAUACGUCGUGAGACUUGCCAAUAAUAAUAAAAUAAGAAAUAUUUGUUCCUAAAUAAAUUCCUGUACAUGUUAUCUCAAUUAUGGUAUUAAAUUAGGAAGUUUACGAAAGGUCUGAGAAUCUAGUUUUAGAAAUUUUUAGUAAUUUUUUUUCAAUUUUUACAAAUGCAUCUUAUGAGAACAUUGUCAUCCAUUGCCAACUCUCGUAGUACGGGUGUUUCAUUUCACUUUAUAGAACUAUACAACCGAUAGAUAGCAUUUGUAUUUGAGCUACCAAAACUCAGGGACAGUUUAUUUUCUGUUUAAAAAUUUUUAUUUAAAUUUGAUGGCAUGUUUUUCCUAAUAGUGGACACUUUUCAAGAACAUAUAUUUUUCAUUCGCCAUUGGAAAAUUUAACUGAUAUGUAGGUUACGUCCUUUUCAUAAAUUUACAGAUGCCCAUCUUUCAAAAUAUUUGAGGGUGCUUCCUAAUAAUAUUUUGGUGUUUGUGUAUCUCAUGUUUUUUUUAUUUAUUUAUUUAUUUUUUUUGUUGUCCAAGCUUUAUUUUCUGUGUGUGUGUUUACCAUUCAUUUAUUUAUUUCAGUCCAUGUACAGAUUUUCUUGAGCUAGUCAUAAAACAUCACUUUUACAGUCACUCAUAUUGUAAAAAUAUUAAUUGAAAUACUAAUGCAAACAUAACAGUAAAAAACACAAACUUUCAUACUUAAUCACUUGCACAUAUGCUGCAUGCAAUGCCUCACUGUGCAUGCAUCAGUGUAACACAUGAGAAUGUAAUAUCACAGCAGCUGAAAGGGUUUUGUGGAAACCUCAGCAUUGUUCGUAAUGUUUUGAGAAACUUUAAGGACAGACAUGUUCUCAUAGCGUGUGCUUAGCCUGUGUGUGGCAAAGAAACGAAAAUGUCCUUGGGUUCAAAGAAAAAUGAAGAUUGUAUAAAUAAGAAAUAUUUUCAAUUUUUAAUAAUUAGUGAAUACUAUGUGAAUUAAUGAGUAUGUACAACAUUUUAUUUUUUACAACCAGCAUUGCAUUAAUGGAGAAUACAUUUUGUAAUGCUAUACUAAAGCAUACAUUUUAUGCAUUAUAAAUUAUGAAUUCAGUCUUUUAACUUUUAAAGUUAUGCCAUAUUUUAUUUUUAUAGUAAUUAUGCAAUUAGUAAAUAUUUAAAUUAUAUAUGUUUAAAAAAAUGUAAAGUAUUUCUUUUUCCUCUGACAAAUAUAUGUGUACAAAUAUGUGUCUCUGUAUGUACAGUAAGUGUGCGGAAAUUACUUUUUUUUUUUAAUUUGUGUGGUUGUAUUCAACACCAAACUGAGUGAAGAAUGUCAUUGAAAUUGGGAUGUAAAACCCAUUCAUUUGAACUAGGAUAUAAAGUGGGCUUGUCACAAACAAGCAUGCAAACAAACAUGUGAGGCCUUGCCGAAUGCCACUUUGCUCUAACCAGUCCCUCUGCCACUUAGUCCUAGCAGAUUGUGCCACUGCACACUUGCACUGUAGUUUGUUUCUUGCCGUAGACAAUGAUGCUCGCGGAGGUAGCAAUGGAAGAAGAGGUUGUGCUAAGUUGUGCAGUGCCUCCUGAGGUUUAAGUGACAGGGCAGUGCAAAAGCUGACACCCAACAGGGAGGCACAUGCAAUUCUUAAAAAGAAAAUAAACUCUCCAAAGCAAAACACCAAAACCUCUCGUGAACUCUAUAUCGGCAGGCACUGGAUCUGUAAACACAGGUAAACUAGUAGAAAAAUUAAGAACCGAGUAGUAAUAGCAGGCUCCCAAAAUGUACUUGCGCACACAUUUUUAUUGAUCCACAAAGAAAGUAAAUUAAGACUGCUGCUUGCAAAUAUUUGCAUAAUUACCAAAAACUGUACAAAAAAAUUAUUCCCUAAAGUUACAAGUACUAAAUCGUUGCUAAAUAUUGCAGCUGACACAACAUGUUGUGCUAUAUGUUUAAUUUUACAAUGUUAACAUUCAUUAUUAAUAAAGACUUUACAAAUUGCAAACAAAACUAAAAUUUAAAUGGCCCAUUUAUGUUACAGUCCCUGUGUCAAAAAAUAUUACGGCACACCUUAAGUCCCUCAUUUUACAACAAUAGUAAAAAUAACCUUUAUUAAAUUAUUCUUGCAUGCUCCUUUAACCUACGCGGUGAGUUGUCGCACACAAAAAAAGGGCAAGACAUACUCCACAACGCUCUUUUCUGCAAACGCCAUGCAUAAGUUUUUCAGGUACUGUGCAUGAGAAGACUCGUUAAAACAACAUAGUGCUAGAGUUCGUGAAAACUCAGUGCGAGUACACCACACAGUCUCACCAGUUAUGAGCGUUGGGCGCAGGCCAACUUAACUAGGCUUGCAAAACGUUAACGCACAACCAAUCUUUUUCCACUCCAAAACAAAGGCCAGUUCACAGUUUUGUUUAUUACAAGAUGAAAACACAUUAAUACACACACACAUACAUACACACACACUUUUUACUUAACCAAAAAAAUUGACAGAUUAAGUAAAAACAAAAUAAUAACUUUUAAACAUAGCAACAUGUGACGGGAAUGUCACACUUGUGAUUGGUCAGCUCCAGUGUUUCGUCAUUUGACAUUGGCAUGCAUUACAUCUCAUGUUCACUGAUUUUUUUCCACUCUAUUUGGUAUCACGAAAAGUAAGAUAGGAAAUUUCCAAUACCUGUUUUAUUUAUGGUUUAUCAUUUGUGGGUGUAUAUAAAUGUUAAUUUUCUAUUUAUUCAAUUAUUUUUGUUGGCAUUUGUACAUUUGUAUGUUUAAUUUUUGUAUAUCUUAAGUAAGCUGUAUCAUUGUAUUUUCUUAAAAACAUGUUUUAUUUUGAUUAUCAUUUAUUCAAGGAAGAGAUUAUGAUCAGACAUUGAUUUAAGAAUAAAACAAAUGUGUAUUUGUUUUCUACGUGCAUUUCUAAUUCAUGGUUAUAGAGACACUGAAUAUGUAAUGUGAUUAUGGGCUUACUAAUGUCCUGAAGUUAUGACAGAUGAUCUUUGACGUACAGACAUUUUUGGCUUUAUUUCUGUAUUUUUAUUUUGAUUGUAAUGUGUAUGUUGGUGUUCAAAAAAACGUGAAAAUACAGAAACCUGAAAAUAUUUUCAUUCAAUUUUUAGACCUCAAAUAAAAUAUGGGGGGAAAAUGUUAGUUCUUAUUCCAUAAUUGCAAUAGCUAAUUUAAGUUUAAUUUUAGAUGUAUUUCUGUUCUUACUAGUAUUAAAUAAAAAAUUGAAUGUUUAAAAAAACUGCAUUGCUAUCAGUAUUUUGUCCAGCAUACAGUUAGGAAAUAGUAGGUUAUUUAAAUUUAUAACCUACUUAUUCUUUUACAAUUUGUAAUUUUGAUUUUACAUUUGCAGCAUGUCAAAGGUAAAUAAAUUUCACACAACAUACA